UUUGCAACGAAUAAGGUAGCCGCCACAUUUCCUGUUUGUAACCGAAAACGUCUAAAGACGAUAAAAAUAGCAGCGACACUGGUGCACUUCUUGAUGAACAUGCUCACGUACAGGUGAAAGGUUUUUAUCAGGGAAGGCUUUAGUGGACAUUUGACCCUAUAAAAUCAUGGGGACAGAACCACCUCACUGCAUAGGUCAAAAUAUUGCUAUUGGUCUGACAUCGAUUGCACUGCUGAUAUCUGUGUGCUUAAACGUUGUAUUCUGUUUAUUAAGAAGAAAGGGAAAAAAAUAUGCAGAAAAUGAAAACAUGCUUUACUAUGGAGAUUCCAAUGAAGAACCAUUACGUCAAGAUUCACUUCAGUCUUGCAGGUUUGAGGAUGAUGAGAUGGAAAGACAGGAAAAUCCGAUUUAUGGAAAUAUAUGUUUAGAUGGAGGAGGACCUUUUGAAAUGUCUCAGGAGGUGUGUUAUGAACAAAUGUCACAUGCAAGCACAGCAAAGAAGGGAUUAAAGGUCCAGCAGGGGGACGUGUCCUACGCCUCUUUGGAUCUGACUGCCAAUAAAAAGCGUAGGAAGAAGAGAAAAUACCAAAAACAGGGUCAGACUCACCAGGCCCAGACACAUCCUCAACCUGCAUCCCAGCAGAACUGUAUGGACCAGGAUGAAGAGGCGGACAUCACCCUCCCGUCCCGGAGCAGCAGCCUCAUGGUUUCACGUCACAGCAUCUACCUCAACAGUCAUCAAGUAGCCCUGGAGGCAGAAGAGAGGGAGAGGGAGAGGGAGAGAGAAAGAGAGAUGGAAAUGGAAAUGGAAAUGGAAAGAGAUGAUAAUGCAGAGAGAGAGUUUGAGAUGCACAGAAAUGUGCAUGAAGGCUUUGAUCACUCCCUCGGUAGAUCAAGACAAAGUCUAGAACAGGACAGUUAACAGUUUGUGAGUUAAAAAACAAAAAAACAAACAAAAAAAAAACUUUUAGCGUCUUAAAAGAAGAAACACAGGAUACUGUGGGUGGUGCUGUCAACAGCUGUGAUAUUUAAAGCUUAUCACUUAAGUACAUAUGUCACAUCCCAAAUCAUAAUUUCUGUUCUGAGGUUGUGUCCAACUGAGACUCAUUUAAAGGAGUUUACCACUUUAAAUGUGCUUUCUUGUUUCUUUUGAAGAUUGGUCUGUUUGUUGUUGUACUUAUAGUAAGAAGAAUAUAUAUUUAUCUGCUUGUUUUUAUGCUUUUUUUUUCAGGAUAACAUAUAAAUGUAUAUUUGUGAAAAUAAGGUUGAAUGAUGACUCAAGGUAUUUGAUGUAGGCUACCUAUGCACAGAAAAAUAAGGACCGUUUAAUAGCUAUUACUCAGAGUUGUUGUAAUAGGAUUUCUGUGGCUUUGUCUUGAUAUUAAAGGUCUUGGU